CAUUCGUUCGGUUUGUUCCUCUGCGGCUUCCGUCCCCGCAGCCCGCUGAGGCGGAAGCAACAUUUUGAAUAUUCUGCGCGGUCCCAUUUCAGAAAUCAACGUCUGUAAGUGACAUUGAAAGACGAAGCAGAAUGGCCUCCUCCUCCACGGGCAUCAAUGAGAGCGUUUUCAAGACCCCUAAAAACAGCCGAGUGAAGAGCUUCGGAAGCAACGGGACCCCGGUCACCAUCCCGGCCUCCCCCUUCAUGAAGAAGCUGGGCUGUGGGACCGGAGUCAACGUUUACCUCAUGAACAGAGUGGGAAAGUUGAAUGCGUCUCCCUGGGCUGUCAAGAAGAUCAACACCAAGUGUGCAAACAAACAGGUGGCGAUUUACCAGAAACGGCUGAAUGAGGAGGCAGAGGUCCUGAAAGGAAUCAAUCAUCCAAACAUUGUUGGGUUUCGUGCCUUCGCCACGGCCAAAGAUGGAUCCAAGUGUCUAGCGAUGGAGUACGGAGGAGAGCAGUCACUCAAUGACCUGAUUGAGAAGAGGAAAAAGGACGGCCUGAAAGCUUUCCCAGCGGCCAACAUUGAAAAAGUAGCGCUGCACGUUGCCCGUGGCCUUCAGUAUCUCCACAAUGAAAAGAAGCUGCUGCACGGCGACAUAAAGUCUUGUAACGUUGUCAUCAUGGGCGACUUUGAGACCGUCAAGAUCUGCGACGUUGGUGUGUCUCUGCAGCUGGACGAGAACAUGAGAGUGUCGGACGCAAAGGCGGAGUACAUCGGCACGGAGCCAUGGAAACCGAAGGAAGCUCUGGAUGAGGGAGGAGAAAUCACUGACAAGGCGGACAUUUUUGCGUACGGUCUGACUCUGUGGGAGAUGAUGACACUGGCCAUGCCUCAUCUGGAGAUGUUGAUGGAUGAUGAUGAGGAGGAGGAGGAGGAGACUGAAGAGGACUCGAUGGAGGACAGUUUUGACGAGGACGCGUACUACGAGAAGCUGGGCACGAGACCGGCGCUGGACUUCGAGGCUCUGGGCAGCUCGUACCGCAGGACGGUGGAGCUGUUCUACCUCUGCACCAACGAGGACCCCGAGACGAGACCCUCAGCCGCACAGAUUGUUCAGGCUUUAGAGACAAAUUCCCUGCUGGAAAAAACGCCCAAUGAGGUGAUAGUUAUCGACUGAUGUUAGACGAGCAUGAACUUAAGCCGUAGUCAUAAAUCACUAGUUUGUGCCUUUGGCACGUAGGCUGAAGGUCACGUCCAUCUUUACUGUAAAUCUGACUCUGAAUAGCACAUUACUUGUCUUUUGUCAUGUAUGCUUUUACUUUCUUUCCUGUUUAGGUGUCUUUUAUGUAUGUUUCUGCACUUCUGUAAGCGUCGACAUUUCUUAAUAAAAGCUCUACAUUUCGCAC